AGAAAUAAGAAUAUUAGACGCCGAAUAGAAAGGAUAAAGGGAGCGAUAAUGGGAAAGAAGGGAAAGGAGGAGAAUACGGUUGGAAAGCGGAUUACGUUCACUCGUUUGCAGUCUCGCUCGUCUGUUCGUUCUUGUUCAGUGUUGCUUUCGUAGCCUUACUCCUCCUCAUAGUCGUUGGAUGUCGAUAUUCGAGUGCGCGGCACAGGCUGAGCAGUGGCAGCUCCGAGUCACUGCGCCGAGAAUCUAAAAUUAUCGGGCGGUCCACGAUAGAAGAGAGGAAGGGUAAUCGAGAGGUAGAACCAGAAAGAGGAAGAGAGAGAGAGAGAGAGAGAGAGGGAGAAUGUGAUAAACGCGAGAAGAGAUUGGAAAGAGAGAGAAAGACCAAAGGUACAGUUAAUAGAAAAAGAACGGUUAUUGUCAGAAGAAUAGAGGAGUAUAAAGGCAAGAGAAAGAAAGUACGGAGUUGAGCAAUAGUUGAUCCAUUGGACAAAUAGACGAACGGACAGAAAAACGUGCUACGAAGUUGAAGUAAAAAGGCACGUUGAUCGGGAGAAGAGGUGGGAGAGAGGAAGAAACGAGUAAGCGAACGGACGGACGGACAAACGAACGAAUGGACGGAUAAACGAACGAACGAACGAACGAACGAACGAACGAACGAACGACGAACGAACGAACGAACGGACGGACGGACGGACGGACGAACGGACGGACGAACGAGCAAGCCGAAGGGGGUGAGGAGGAGCCAAGAGAGAGAGAGAGAGAGGCAAAGCGAGGUAGGUCGACGUCGUGGCACGGGCUUAUACCGCGCGCGCGGAGUAGCCUACCUACCACCCAUCGUGCGAGUUCUCUCGCUUUACGUUCUGUCUCUUGGUACGAACGAUAUCGAGGCUGCUGCGACCCGAUUAUAUUGCUUUCGAGCGACUCUUUCAGUAAUAGAAGAAAGAAAAGAAGUGAAGUACGAAAGGACGAGUUAGGAAGGACUUAGCCAGAUUCGAAAAGAAGGCUAAGGAAGCAGAGGAGGAGAAAGGGAGUGAAGAGGCGGAAGAGAAAUUGCGAUAACCGCGAGGGUCUGCCUAAGACCCCCGUCGGUCCAAAUCUAUCGCGUUCGCGAUAAGACGUCGCCAUGGCGGAGGAACAAGAAACGAAUAACACGUGCGAGGAUUCUCUCGGUCCUGGUGAUACCACCACUGCUUUUGCCAAGAAACUACGGGGCCGGAAAGGAGCACUCAAGAAGAAAAAUGUAUACAUGGUUAAAAAUCAUAGCUUUAUGCCACGUUUCUUCAAACAACCCACAUUCUGCAGUCAUUGCAAGGACUUUAUAUGGGGCUUCGGAAAGCAAGGAUAUCAGUGCCAAGUCUGUAGUUUCGUCGUUCACAAGCGAUGUCACGAAUACGUGACCUUUACCUGUCCUGGAGCGGACAAAGGAGCUGACUCGGACGAUACGCGGACGAAGCAUCAAUUCAAGCAACACACCUACAACAGCCCCACGUUCUGUGACCACUGCGGUAGUCUUCUCUAUGGUGUCAUCCACCAGGGCAUGAAAUGCCAAGCAUGCGACAUGAACGUACACAAGAGAUGCGAAGAGAGCGUCCCGAAUCUUUGUGGAUGCGAUCACACCGAAAGACGUGGUCGUAUACAUCUUUACAUCACCGUUUCCGGUAGCAAGAUGACCGUCGAAGUAAAGGAAGGACGAAAUCUCAUUCCGAUGGAUCCCAAUGGUCUUUCGGAUCCUUACGUGAAAUUGAAAUUGAUUCCAGAUUCGGAUACGGUAAAGAAGAAAACGAAAACUAUCAAGUCAUCUUUAAAUCCUGAAUGGAAUGAAACGAUUAUAUUCGAUCUUAAACCAGAGGAUAAAGAUAGACGGUUGUUAAUCGAAGUCUGGGAUUGGGAUCGGACUUCUAGAAAUGAUUUCAUGGGAUCACUUUCUUUCGGCAUAUCGGAACUCAUUAAAGCGCCUGCUAGUGGUUGGUUUAAACUUCUUACUCAAGAAGAAGGGGAAUUUUAUAACGUACCUGUGCCCGAAGAGGGAGUUGAUUUGGCAGAACUUAAAAGUAAAAUGCGAAAAACAUCGGUGACGAAGAAGACACCAACGACACAGGAUAAAGAUGUACCACACAAUAUGGGAAAGAGCGAUUUAAUAAGAGCAUCGGACUUUAAUUUUCUUAUGGUUCUAGGAAAGGGUAGUUUCGGCAAGGUACUGUUAGCGGAAAGAAAAGGAACUAACGAGUUGUAUGCCAUUAAAAUACUUAAGAAAGACAUUAUUAUUCAAGAUGACGACGUGGAAUGCACGAUGGCUGAAAAGCGAGUUCUCGCUCUUUCAAGCAAGCCUCCUUUCCUUGUACAAUUACAUUCUUGUUUUCAAACUAUGGAUCGUCUGUAUUUUGUCAUGGAGUAUGUAAAUGGUGGCGAUUUAAUGUAUCAGAUUCAACAGUGUGGCAAAUUUAAAGAGCCAGUAGCAGUAUUUUAUGCCUCAGAAAUUGCCAUCGGGCUGUUUUUUUUACAUGGUCGUGGCAUCGUGUAUCGCGAUUUAAAGCUCGACAAUGUAUUACUCGAUCAGGACGGACAUAUAAAGAUUGCUGAUUUUGGAAUGUGUAAAGAAGGAAUAACGGGUGAUAAAACAGCUAAAACUUUUUGCGGUACACCUGAUUAUAUAGCACCGGAGAUAAUCUUAUAUCAACCAUAUGGAAAGUCUGUGGAUUGGUGGGCAUAUGGCGUACUUCUCUACGAAAUGCUCGUCGGACAGCCACCAUUUGAUGGUGAAGACGAGGAAGAACUUUUUGCUGCAAUAACGAAUCACAACGUUAGCUAUCCGAAAAGUUUGUCCAAAGAAGCCAAAGAAGUUUGCAAAGCAUUUCUUACGAAAAAUCCAAGUAGAAGGCUCGGUUGCGGUUUCCGUGGCGAAGAAGAUGUUCGUAGUCAUGUCUUCUUUAGGCAUAUCGAUUGGGAGAAGAUCGAGAAUCGCGAAGUGCAACCACCUUUUAAACCGAAGAUCAAACAUCCUAAAGAUGUAAGUAAUUUUGACAAACAAUUCACUUCUGAAAAAACGGACUUGACCCCAACAGACAAACUCUUUAUGAUGAAUCUGGAUCAAACGGAGUUUAUGGGUUUCUCCUUCCUCAAUCCAGAGUUUGUGCAACAUAUUUAAGAUAAUAUCUCUUAUUAGCUUUACCUCAUCGGUCUAUUCUUUGUAUAUUAUGAUGAUUUAUUAGUCUCUUUCUCUUCUACGACCUACUCCUUAUUUUUCAUGAUCGACGUUAUCUGUUUUCACUCAGGGUUAUUCUCUUUCCUCUUUCCAUACUAUUUUACUUAUAUUACCCCAUAUAUUAACCCCCACCCCUUCUCCCACUCCUCUCUCUCUCUCUCUCUCUCUCUCUCUCUCUCUCUCUCGUUUUAGUAAUUGUAUCUUUCGUAAUGACAUAAGGGAAUACGGACGAGACGUAAAAUACUUUGUCAUUUUUCAUGUUGUCAGAACAUAGAAGAAUCUUUCGAUGUAUUUUUUAAAGAAAUAAAGCGCCAUGUUAGUGCGCACUGUAUUAUUAUGCUAUAAGAUAAAGACGGGAGGCCUGGUGCCGAUCGUCGAGGGAUUCGUAGGACGAAUUCUAAUUUUCGAUUUGCGGAGAAUUGUAUUUCAUGGCGGUUGUCAAAAUGAAUUCUACUUUUCGAAUUAGCCCGAUCGAAAUGAAAAUAUCUAACAAUCGCUGUAUUCAUUUCCCGCGUAUAUUAUGCAUUUACUUCAGUAGUUUCUACUGUCGCCUUCCAGAGUAUAUAUAAUAUAUAUCGAUUGAAGUAAUAUAUUAUUAUAUAUACGUAUAAACACAGACACUUAUACAGAGAAUUAUGAUAUAUCGAUACGUAUAGAUACAAAUUUUUCUGUCUUUCGUUCCAAGUUGCACUUAUCGUUCGUUUAUUUCGCUAUGAUAGUUAACGGGUAGAAAAAGACGAGUUCGUAGAAUUUUUCAAUGUUAAUAAUGUCAAAGUAUUCGUCUAACAAGAACUGCUCCAACAGUAGAUAAAAGUCUCGAUUAGGAACAGAGCUUGUAUCCCCAUUUUUCUUGAUUAAAAAAAUUAUUAUGGCACAGUUAGUGAAUGUAGUAACGCGAAAACGUUUAAGUACACAGAUGCAUAUUAUUUCAUCUUACUGCUUUAUAAAAUCCUUCAUAUAAAUCUUACAAUAUGCUUUUGUCAUAUAUAUUUAGAUUUUACGCAUUAUUUAUUCUAUUUGAUUUAUCAAAUAGGCAAAUAGAUCAAAGAAUGCUUGUUCAAUUGGUUCCAUUUUAUCUUUAUUCAUUUUAUUUAUCACUUUUCUAUAUCUCUUUCUACCAAGAUGUAUCUUAAAUGAUAAACAUAUAUAUAUAUACAUAUAUAUACAUAUAUGUAUACACACACACACACACACACACACACAUAUAUAUAUAUAUCUAUAUAUAUAUUGUCGCUAUGAAAGAAGGAUAUGAGCUCCAUGUUCGAGACAAUCAACCGAUAAUAUGAAAGAAUACGGUCAAUACGUGCUUCCGUAUUUAAAUUUGGGAAGAAAAAAUAUAGUAGUUGGCACAUACUUAUUUUUCUUUAUAUAUUUGCGAGUGUUUUUGUAGUCUAUAGUAUACAAAUACUUGAGAAAGAAUACUUGGUAUUAUGUUAGUCGCUUUAUUUUAAAACUAAUGCCUUAAUGAAUUUUAUUCUUUAAAUUUGAUCAAUCCAAUCCUUAAGAUAUAUGAUUUCUCAAUUGUCAGUUGUGUUAAAUACACUUAUGGUACCACAUAUAUGUAUAGGCAUUGAAACCUUUAGAUAAACAUGUGUAAAUACAAAUACAUAUAUACAUAUACGCAUACAUACACGCGCGUGUGUGUGUAUAUGUAUCUGCGUGCGCAUGUUUGCAUGUGCAUAUGUAUGUGUGUGCGUGCGUGUGUGUUUGUGUGUGUGUGUGUGUGUGUGUGUGUGAGAGAGAGAGAGAGUGCGUGCGUGUGCGCACACACACAUACACACAUGCGGAAAUAUGUAGACCAUUGAAGUCUUUUAAGGCUGUGCUCGUUAAAUGCCGAAUUAAUUUCACUUGUUACUCGAGAAAUCGGUACGAUUCUUUCGAGACGAAAGUCGUUAAUCGAUUUUCAUCUUUGUUCUUGCAAAAUGAACUCGGGUAAUUAAAUACUAAAUGUUACUUUGAAAGUCAAUAUUUUCUCUUACCAUAAGUAGCUCGUACUUUCUACGAUCGUCGAUACGAUAAUUAUUCUUUCAUUAUAUCUCAUAUUUUGUCUUCUCAUCUUUUAAUAUCUUCUUGCAUUUUGUCACCGAUACAUUAUGCAAAGAAUUUCUUCGUGUUGAAACGGCAAAAUAUCAUGUUGAACGCAUUCUAUCAAUGAACUAUAUCUCUUCAAAAUUUCUCAUCAAUAUUUUUUUCCUAUGUGAUGCGUACCUUAUCCAUUUUAAAUAUAAUGUAGUAUAUGUGUGUGUGUAUAUAUGUAUAUAUAUAUACACACACACAACAUACCAUAUUACAUACUCUUUACUUGUUUAACAACACACGUGCAAAAAAUAAUAAAAUAAAACUUAAUACAUUAUCCGAU